AUGCUUCUGGGAUUACUGAGCUUUUUUAUAACGACAAUUCUAGUCAUCGCUACUCUUCUCAGGAUCUACUACCCGCCACUUUGGCGCGAUGUCUAUACCAUUUUCGUCAACAUCAGUUUGCUGCGAGCAGUUAAGAAGGCGUUCGCCUCCAAAGAGUUUAUCAUUGACCAAUUUGAGCGCCAGGUUUUAAUCAAACCUCAGCAUCCGUUUAUCAUUUUCAAAGAUGAAAUCUUUACCUACAGCGCCGUGAACCAGCAGGCAAACCGCGUAGCGUUCUCACUUCAAAAGCUUGGCAUUGGUCCAGGCGACACGAUAGCGCUGGUUAUGUCAAACGAGCCCGCAUUCCUGUGGAUAUAUUUGGGUGUUCAGAAGCUGGGUGCUCGCAUAGCCCUGGUUAAUCACUACCUAGUCUGUGACGCUCUCCGACAUAGCAUUACAAGCUGCUCCCCAAAGCUGGUGAUAGUUGGACAGGGUUUUGACGACAAACUCCCUGACCGGGUCUACAACCUGAAGCCCCAGCUAGAGGUACCAGUCUAUGCCUACAGGCCAGAGCCAAAAAACCAAUCUAACUUCCCCAGUUUCAGCGACCUGAUGUCACAAGUCUCCGAUGGCCAGUUCCCUUCCACAUUCAGAUCUGAACUCAAGCUUUCAGACCCAUGCACUUUCAUAUUCACUUCCGGAACUACAGGCCUCCCCAAGCCAGCCAUUAUCAGUCACAAGAAAACCAUACUCUGUAGCCAUUCGUACAGUCCGGUGGGAUUCUCGUCCAAAGAGAUCAUGUACUUGACGCUGCCCCUGUAUCAUGCAUCAGCUCUAAAUUUGGCUUUCCUCAACGUCAUCAACGUAGGAGCCACACUUGUGUUGAGGGAUAAGUUCUCCUCCUCCCAGUUUUGGGCGGACUGUGUUCAACAUAAUGUGACCUGCUUCCAGUACAUCGGUGAGAUGUUACGUUACUUGGUCAAUUCACCAGAGAAACCAGAAGAACAACAACACAAAGUCUGGGCAGCAAUUGGAAACGGACUGCGGCCUGACAUUUGGGUCAGGGUGAAAUCACGGUUCCAGAUUGACCAGAUUUUCGAGUUCUAUGGCUCCACAGAACUGCCUGCCACAGUAGCCAACCUGUUCAAUGUCGCUGGAUCAGUAGGCCGGUUGUCUCCAUUGCUAAGCAAACUGACAAAAUUGAUUCUUGUGAAAGUGGACUUAGAGAAUGGCGAGCCUUUCCGAAACGCCUCAGGGAGAUGUGAGCUCAUCCAGCCUGGAGAGUUUGGCCUACUCCUGGCCCAGCUGACCGAGAAGGUGACGUUCGAUGGUUACCUGGGUCCGGCCUCAGAUACCAGCAGCAGAAUCAUCAAAGACGUCCUGGAGGUCGGUGACUUCUACGUCAACACCAACGAUGUCUUCACCAUGGAUGCAGAAUACAAUCUGUUCUUCAAGGACAGGAUUGGGGAUUCUUUCAGGUGGCUGGGAGAAAAUGUGUCUACUGCCGAGCUCUCUAAUUUGAUGAACACAGCCACAUUCGUACAGGACACCAACGUGUUUGGAGUAGAAGUCCCAGGCUAUGAGGGUAAAACGGGGAUGGCUGCUAUUAAUUUAAAAGAGGGAGAAGAACUCGACGACGAGAAGGUUCAUGAACUUGGCAGUCUGUGUAGGCAGAAGCUUCCUGGAUAUGCCAGACCGAGAUUCUUGCGCUUUCAACGCCAGAUGAGUCUCACAACCACAUUUAAGCAGCAGAAGACAGAACUUAUCAAGGAAGGAUUUGAUCCCCAAAACGUCGAUGAGCCUCUUUACUACCUGGACCGGUCGUCGGAUGCGUUUAGACGUCUCGAUGACAAGACAUACAAAGACAUUUUAAAAGGACAUAUUACACUUUAA